ACCAAGAAACAUUCGGUAAAAAGAAGCGAGUUAAGAAAACAUGUCUGUCUUUGGCACCUAGACUUUUCAACGAAUAAAUUAAUUUCGAAAAACGCAGCUCCAAAUCCCAUCUAUGGCGCAUUAAAAUAGUAGAAAGAGAGAAAAGGAAAGGAAUCUAAUCUUGGGCGAUCUAAGUGAGUGAGAGGCAUGGGAGCGGAGUGGGUGUUGUGUCCAUUGAAGAUGGUGUGGGAAUCAAUAAAGACAAUAGGGUGCAACAAAUUGGUGUUCGCAACCAUAAUGGCAGCGACCAGCGUCCCUCUGUCGGCGCUGACGCUGUACGAAGCAAGGACAACACACGACCUCGCCGCCCACAUCCACCGCCUGGAGUCACUGGGGCGCCACGUGCCCACCCGCUUCGAGGCACGCCACGUCUUCGAGGAGUCCCGCCAAAACGCUCUCUCUCUCCUCCGCCUCAAGCUCCUCUUCUCCUUCCCCUCCUACCUCCUCUCCCUCUUCGCCUCCCUCUUCGCCGUCCACUCCUCCCUCCUCCCCUCCCCCACCCUCCGCUCCGCCGCCAUCGCCUCCUUCCACUCCUUCCACCGGCCCCUCCUCACCUCCAUCGUCGUCUACGCCCUCCUCUUCCUCUUCUCCCCCUUCCCUCACUUUCUCGCCGCCCUCGCCGCCCCCUCCACUGCCCUAUCGUUCCUCGUGCCGGCCAUGGCCUCGUUCCUGCAGAUUUACCUGAUGGCGGUGCUGAGCCUGGGGUUGGUGGUGUCCGUGGCGGAGGAGAGAUUUGGAUGGGACGCGAUUCGGAUUGGGCACGGCAUCAUGGCGGGGAGGAGGGUGUGUGCGUGGUUGCUGUCGGGGAUGUUCGUGGCGGUUUCGGGGCUGAUCCGGUGGAAGGUGGACGCGGUGGCGGCGGAGGGUGAAACGGGAAUUAAGGAAAAAGCGAUAGUGAUAGUUUCGUACGCAUUUGUGGUGAUUUGGAGUUAUGCGAUCAUGACGGCGUUUUACUCUCACUGUAGAAAACGCCACCCAAUUAAGGAACCCUUACCUGAUCAUAAUCCUGAUCAACAUCUCCAACUUGUUACCCUUUGAUUCUCUUCAUCUCAUGUAAUUUUGGUUCUUAUUAUUUGUAUAUCUAAGCAUAUGUAUUAAGGCCAAGUCUCUCGUGGUCAAGAUAUUGAUGCCUAAGAAUGGCUAUCUUUUGACUAGCCAAUAUAAUGUUGACAUUUGGAAUGAUAGUUUGAAAUAGUUAGUGUUAUGUUUAAGAGAAGAAAGUCUCUUAACAUGUAAAGUAUAAUAAAAAAAUUUUUUAACUGUAUGUUUAUUUAUGAAUAUUGAUAAUAUAAAAAGAAUGUGAGUG